AUGGAACAACUCAUGGACAACACGGGUUGGGCGAACGGGACAGCAGGAGGUCACAGCGCAAGCAGAGGUCGACCUCCCGAGCUCUCUUCACGGAGAGAUACACCCGACAGAUCUACGGAGACUGUCACCUCAAUCCAAGCGUCGCUUGAAGAGCUGCAGAAGGCCACGGAGGAGUUGCGCAAGACAAACAAGGAGCUCGAGACGAACUACUCCCAACUAAGGCGACUCGUGCUGCUGAUGCUGCCGGUGUUUUUUUUUGUCGGGCUGCUUCCGGCGAUGAGGUGGGCCGCCUCAAGACAGUAG